AUGAAAAUUAGAAAAGCUUAAUUGAAAGAGCCAGACCCUAAAGAAACUAGGAGUUUGUUAAUAAGUAUCUUGUUUGAGUAGCAUUUUAGAUUGGCUUCAACUUUGUUGGAGAAGGAGACUCUCGACUUGCAAAAAAUAAUUGAAGUUUUGGGAGAAAGACCAUUUCCACCGAAAUCAAAUUAUAAGGCUUACUUGGAAAUCAAAAAGGAGGAUCAGCAAACAACUUCUUAAUGAAUCAUAUAUCUUAUGUAUUUUUGAAUAGAAUUUAUCGGAUUC